CAGUCAUGAAGGUUUCAUCAAUCUUCUCAUGAAAAGUUACCAAAUUGGGAACUACCCCAAAUUUCUUACCUGCUUUGAGUAAAGAAAAUAAGUCUUGCCAAACUCUGUGGCCAUACCAGCUCACUUCAUCUUGACCCUGGUCAAGGAUAGACCGUAAUUUAAAGUUUGAAAAGAGAAUGACGGAUUGAGACUAUAUUUUGAAAAGCUUUAACAGUGUGAAAGAGGCUUCCAGUGGUUCAAAUGCAACUUUUCCAAACUCUUUUUGUAAAGUUAUUCAUUAUUUGACCGAAUACUCAAAACUGUGAUAACACCCGUCUUACCUUCCUCUGCUGUUUUGUUGAAGAUACUUGUACAUCACACACGCCCUCCAGCAAGUCAUAAAUGUUUAAGUUCCACCGUAUAACUUAGUCAGAUUCCCUGGAUGUCCAUUUCUCCAGAAUGUGACUAAAGCACCUUCAGUGUUAAUCCCUGGAGACCCCGGUCAUUUAAAAGUCAAUGUCCGAGCAGCACAGAGAGUUUUUGUGAGCCGCUCCACAAUAGAGCUCUUAAACUAAAUCUGCCAUGGGGGAGCGGGUUGGGACACGGUGAAUGGGGGGAAGUCCGUCACUUACACCUGUGACGGUAUAAAACACCUCCUCAAGCUGUCAAGACCGAUCGCUGUAGAGUCACGGUGCAGGUGUUGAAGAGCCAGGAUGAUAAUCUGACAUCAGAUCACUGGACAGUGUUUGUUCCCUGCAGCAUCGCAGCAUGGCCUCUGUUGGUGUAUUGUUAAUGUUUCUGCCUGUUGCAUGGACAUGCUUGCCCCAAAAAGCAGACUACGUUAUGGUGUCCUGUUUCCCCAAUGCCAUCAUCGCAAACAUCCCAGAGUGUCCGUACGGCUGGGAGAUUAACCAGCUGUCUCUGGGUGGAAUCUGUUACUCGGGGAUGCACAGCCCAGGAUACUACCGCUUCAUCAUCUCAGACCUGACACCCAAAAACCACUCAUACUGCGGCACCCAGUCUGAGUUCAUCCCCGGUAAAGACCCCAAAUACAUUUUCUACAACUCCAUCGUGUCCAACGAUACCUCCCUCACGAUCAGAAACCAGCCCGUGAACUACACCUUCAGCUGCGUGUACCGAGCAGCCUACCUGGUAAAUAACGCCGUCUUCAGCCAAAGAGUGGCGACAGUUUUUGUCAACAACGGGAGUUUAGGCACUUUUAGAUCACAGUUGUCUAUGAGUGUGUUUACGAAUUCAAAGUACCUCUACGCGAAGGAUUCUCCCUAUGUGAUCGACACAUCUGAGAUCGGCUCUGAGGUCUUCAUGGGCAUUGAAGCAAAAGGACUGAGUAACAGAUUCAAAGUUGUUAUAAACAACUGCUGGGCCACUCCCACUCCUUACUCAACAGACAAGAAGAGGUGGAGUCUCAUCAUUAACAGCUGCCCCUCUGACAACACUGUGAUUAUUUAUGAAAAUGCCAAAGACAGUCGCUCCAUGUUCAAGUUCAACUCUUUCCGCUUCCAACGGCUGGAGAAGGUUUCCACCGUCUGGCUUCACUGUGAGGUAACAGUUUGUGACGGAGAGAGACUCAACUGUCUGCCUAGUCCGUGUUCUGCCAGGAGUGUGUCAACAGAGGCAGAACCAAGCGGGGGGAUCCUUACUGCUCAGUUUCACCUUAAAGGUUAUACGUCCUCUAACAAUGGACAGAUGAAAGGCACAUCCCUCUUCAUCCUGCUGGUGCUGCUGAUAAACACAUGCUGUGAUUUCAUAUUUGGAUCAAGAAUGUAGCAAAAACAACAAAACUACAGAGUGGACAUCAACCCAGAGCGUUAAAAUCAUCUCUCUCCAUGCACAGAAAUAAAUUCUUGUCCUUUAUUCUUUCAAAUGAGAUGUCAUUAACACAUUUAUCAACGCUUUGAUUCAUGCUUUUAUUGUGACAAACUGAAUUCAGUUCUUCUUUCCAAUAAAUAUUAUUUCCAAAAUA